GCGGCCGUGGCGUUGGUUGGGCGGCGGCGCAGGAGGAAGAGGCGAGCCGGCUUCGGCCUGAAGAGCAGGAAGCGCAGUGAGUGAGUGAGUGGCGGGCUUCGCUGAGGAGAGCGGCAGAGGGAGAUGGGCGAGGCCUGCGCCCAACGGGGCUGACUGUGACUAUCUUUUAUAGAGCUAUACAUCCUGCUUGGAAUCACUGGAUAAUAAUGAGUGGUGCGGCUUUAGGCAUUGAGAUAGUAGUUGUCUUCUUUCUGGCAUUAAUCAUAUUACACCGAUAUGGAGACUUCAAAAAACAGCACAAACUUGUGAUUGUUGCAACACUACUAGCUUGGCACCUUUGUUUUCUUAUGGUCUUCAUAUUGCCUUUAGAUGUCACUACGACUAUAUACAAUCGAUGUAAACUUGAUAUAAAUGGAUCAUAUUCACCUCCCACCAACAGUGGAUCCCCACAGCACGAGGGCAGUAUUUCACCUCCAAGAAAGCAGGAGUGUUUCAAACCAUGGAGUUAUAUUCCAGAUGGAAUUAUGCCCAUCUUUUGGCGUGUGGUGUACUGGACAUCACAGUUCUUAACAUGGAUCCUGUUGCCCUUCAUGCAAUCAUAUGCCAGGUCGGGAGGUUUUUCUAUUACUGGGAAGAUUAAAACUGCGCUAAUUGAGAAUGCUAUCUAUUACGGGACAUACCUCUUGAUUUUUGGAGCAUUCUUAAUAUAUGUGGCUAUAAAUCCAAAGAUCAACCUACAGUGGAAUCAACUUCAGACAAUUGGAAUAGCUGCUGCGAACACCUGGGGCCUCUUUCUCCUAGUGUUGCUUUUAGGGUAUGGCCUGGUUGAAAUCCCACGCUCUCAUUGGAAUGGAGCAAAGAAAGGUUUUCUCCUCAUGAAGACUUAUUUCAAGGUUGCUAAACUGAUGACUGAGAAGGCAGACGCAGAAGAAAACCUGGAGGAUAUUAUGGAGGAGGUUCGCAAAGUAAAUGAAAGCAUCAAAUACAAUCACCCUUUAAGGAAAUGUGUGGAUACAAUAUUAAAGAAGUGUCCUACUGAGUAUCAGGAAAGAAUGGGUAGAAACAUGGAUGACUAUGAAGAUUUUGAAGAAAGACCCAACACUUAUCCAACAGAGAAAACCCUGGUCAAACUUCAUAAGCAGGUAAUUUACUCGGUUCAAAGGCAUCGCCGCACACAGGUCCAGUGGCAAAUUCUCUUAGAACAAGCCUUUUACCUGGAGGAUGUGGCAAAAAACGAAACUAGUGCCUCCCGUCAGUUUGUUCAUACUUUUCAGCCUCAAGAACCUGAAAGCAAAAUCACGCAGUAUUUCUACACGCCAGCAAUUGAAUGGUAUUGGGAGUGUCUUCUGCGACCAUGGUUUCACAGGAUUCUUGCCAUUGUUUUAGCCACUUUUUCUGUCAUUGUUGUCUGGUCGGAAUGCACAUUCUUCAGUACCAGGCCGGUUCUCUCCCUGUUUGCUGUCUUCAUACAACUAGCAGAAAAGAAUUACAACUAUUUCUAUAUAGAGAUGGCUUGCUUCUUUACUAUCUUUUUCCUCAGUAUCUGUGUUUACUCUACUGUCUUCAGGAUCCGUGUAUUCAACUACUAUUAUUUAGCUUCCCAUCAUCAGACAGAUGCAUAUAGUUUACUUUUCAGUGGCAUGCUGUUCUGCCGUUUGACUCCCCCAUUAUGUCUGAAUUUCCUGGGCCUCACUCAUAUGGAUUCAUCGAUUUCUAAAAGAACCACUGAUCAGCCAACUGCAUAUACAUCCAUUAUGGGAUCCAUGAAAGUAUUAUCCUUCAUUGCAGAUGGCUUUUACAUCUAUUAUCCCAUGCUGGUUGUCAUCCUCUGUAUUGCUACUUACUUCAGUUUAGGAACCCGGUGUUUGAAUCUUCUAGGAUUCCAGCAGUUUAUGGGAGACAGCGAGAUGACAUCAGACUUAAUAGAUGAAGGAAAAGAGUUAAUCCGUAGAGAAAAAAGAAAGCGGCAAAGACAAGAAGAUGGAGAAAACAGAAGAAGGGAGUGGAAAGAACGGUAUGGAAACAACCGUGAAGAUUCUGCCAGAAACAGAAAUGUUCAAGCAGAGCAAAAGGAAUCCAGUUUCACAGAGACAAACACAAAUAGAUCAGUAUCCUCUAAAUACACCAGGGCAAAUGGGAGGAACGAAAGGGACAGAGUAGAGCUACUCCAAGAUGCAGAACCUCUGGAUUUUAAUGCUGACUCAGUUAAUGACGAUCCUCUUGAUUCUGAAUCAGGAAGGUAUCAACCUGGCGGAAGAUACCUGUCAAUGUCACGAAGCAGAAUAUUCGAUGACGUCUAAAUCCUCUGAAUUCUUGAGUCAUCUCUCCAUAGCUUUGGGGAAAAUGCUCUUUCAGUAAUGUAUUCUGCAACCAAAACAACCUCGCUUUACAAAAAUCAAAUGGAAUGUGGGAAAUUAGGAACUUUCCCCCUUUAAAGAUGCACUUUGUAUAAUGCAGUGCUCAUUUUGGGAUGGGCAAAAGAGCAUUGCUUUCUGAAACUGGGACCUCCUCAGCAGUGCCUUUCCCAUCUUUCUCCUUGCUCCUGCAUAACCCAUGCUGCAACUGUUACCACAACGUGGGAAUUAUGAGCUGUAGGUUGGUGGGAGUGUGGCAAGAGAGAAAGUGUGUGACACUAAAGAAAUUGUGGAAGAAGAGAGUUGGGAGUGGAGGGGGAAAUUGGAAGACAGACACUGACCAUUGUGGCAAGGAGUCUUGCCUUUCACUGUUGGUUAUAUAUGCUGGCAUCACUUCUUUUGAAGUCGGGACUUUUGUGUUAAAAUUUUAGAAGCCUCUUUGUUAGAGUUUAGUUGUGGUUUGACAACUAUUGAUUUGUAAAAAUAUAUGAUUUUGUAUUUUAAAGAUGGAUCAGGGAAACUGUUCUUGGCUUGUAAAAGGUUAUUGUAGAUUGGGUUUUAAAAUAAAUACAUGUCAGGGCUCAAACAGAGUUUCCAUUUGUACAAUUUGGACAAUUCUUAGGUUUUCUCAAUUCUUAAUUGGAGAGGUUUUAAGCAUAAUUCUGUACAAAAUAACAUUUUGGAAUGCCUAUGCAUCUAUUGACAAGAACUAAACAUAACUUCUGUCAGCACUAUAUGCGUAUGAAAUAGCAUUUGCUGUGCAUGAUAGCAAUGACCCAGUAGAAAUCUUAAGUGUUUACCAGUACUGUUUUAAAAAUCCACAUCUGCUAGCAUGUGCUCAAGGAAGAGAGAAGACCCAUCACAGAGAUUUCAUUUAAGACUUGGAAAUAGCUGCUGAAAAACCCUCUUUCAGCUAAACCAAUUUCAAUUUUAUGGCUCUGGAUGUUUUAGGUUUUAAUCUUCACUACAAACAAACUGAACACUUCAGCGUAGUAAUGUACAUUUUAUAUAGCUCGUACAGUGCUAAACUGGACCUGUCUUUUGAAUAAUGUGAAUAGCAUGCUUAUUGCUGAACAACACAAGCCACAUUCUGGUUGUAUUGCCUUACAUAAGGAAUCUCAGUUUUAAGAUAUACUUCUUGUGGUCAAUAUCUUUGUUUUUUCAUUGUAAAAGUAGUUGCUCUUUCUAACUAAGGCUCUUUAAUAAAAGGCCAAUUUGUGAGCCAUGUUAGCCAAAAAUAGUCAACAUAACUGGCUUUGUGACUGUCAGGUAGAAAUACAUUCAUGACAAAUGGCGACAGUGGUUUUAAGGAAAACGUGAGUCCAUGAUUUAGUCAGCAUUGUUUGAAACUACAGUUAAUUAUUAAGAGUAAUCACUCUUCAUGUGCAUUUGGGACUUACUUUGAUCGGUUCGUGUCCCGGCUUUCCGUUGGGGCCCUGAUCCGUUUUUAUCUGAGCCUCCCAAAAUCAGGAGGCCAGAUACUUGUUUUUUGUUUGCAGGGCCAAAGAUCUUUUUCUUUCAACCCAUUUGGGGGGGGGGGGGAGCUUCACCCGUAGGCCCAAAGUACCCGGGCCUACAGGUGCAGGCUGGGUCUACGCACCUAGGCCUCACAGGGCCUUCAGCCAAGCGCCAAGUAAGGAGCCCUAGGAAAUCAAUCCAAAAAGCAGGCUUGGAGCCAGUACCUGCUCUCACCUGCCUUUCAUAUUGAUUGCAUUUUCGUUCCAGGAGGGGCUUUUCCAUUUCGUGACAUCCAAAUGGAUGUCACGAAACUGAAACAAGUAUCAAAUGAAUGGACAAAUUUCAGGCCCAUUACUAGUAACCACCAUAUGGUAAACAUAAAAGUACCUCAGAUAGCAAGGUUUUGACGCAUACACACUGUUGAUUCCAACAGAUUAAAGCAAACUUAACAUAGUGCUGGAUUGGUCUGAACUGAUAGUUACAAUUCUGUGACUGACUCGUUUGAAUUGUAACAUUUAGUUUAAGCUUCUUGGGAGAGGUUAAUGGUGCUGAUGCAAUUCAUGAUACCUUCAGUGAAGUAGCAUUUUAAGAAUGUAUUUAUUGAAUAGCUGUUGAAGAUACUUGACACCAUGAAGUUGACGUGAGACUUGAAAUAGUUUCCGAAUCCCAAUGCAGGAACAUCUCUCGGCAUCAGCCACUUCCUCUCGGCAAAAGAUACCACCAAAAGAGAUGUUCGUCUUGCAAAUGCUUGUGACAUUUAAUGACAAAGUUGGCCACAGCUAACUGGAAAGUUUCCAGGAACUUAUGAAGCGUUUCAUCAAUAGAUUAUUGUAGAUUUUAAUAUUACACCCAUGUUUCAGAAAUAUUGAGGAAAGUAUUAAUUUGCUGUAUCAAUUUUUAAAGGCAAGAGAAGUUAUUUAAAAUAUUUGAGCCUCUGAGAACUAUUGAAUCCAUGUGUUUUUAUAAUACUUUCAGAGAUAUCCGAUUGCUUUUUGUAACAAUAUGUUCUUUAUGCCUGAGGAGAAUUUUGUUAUAAACUUAUAUUGAGAACCAUAAGAACUCGCUGGCAGAAGCCGUCGAUCGCUCAGGUCACUUACUUUGGAACAUAUGUGGAAAGUUCAUUGUUGACAGGGACUGCCAUAGAAGUCUAGGUAAAUCCUGAAAUUGGGACUUUGGGGUCAGCCUUGGGGUGACUUUCUGCAUGAUUCAAGAUGUUCUGGCUUCAAAAUUAUAUAUAUAUACACUGUGCCUCACUGGAUUUGCCUUAGGGAGAUAGAAGUGUAAACUAGUACCAUACUUGGCAAUUCUGUGAUGCCAGACGGCUUUGACAUAAGCAUGGAUAGAAAUAUAAGUCUGCAUGUUCCAAAUAUUGCUGAAAUGUUGGUGGUCUUGCUUUUUACACACUUCAAGUCCAAACAUAAGUAUUGAGGAUUUUUUUUUUGCAUAGAGUAGUACAACAAGCCACUAAAGUGAAUAAUACACAAGAUUGUAGGGUUUUAUUCCAGUAAUUGUCAAUUUCUAUAAUACUAGCAGUACUUGGGUUCAACUGUGUUGAGAUUUUGUGAAGUUCAACGUGUUAGUGAUGCAGAUCGGGUUCUUUUCCCCGUAAUUUGUAAGAAUUUUACAGUGAAGUAAAAUUGUGUGCUGUUUCUAUAAAAAAAUAUUUCUUGUUUUAACACAGCUCUUAAAAAUAUGACUUUCUUAUUCACUGUUAUCAUGGAAAAUCUGUAUUUGUCAUUGAUUUCUUUCUCUGAUAAUGCCUCAUGGCAUACUUCUUGCUCUGAGAAAUCAUUGCUUUGUAAACACCAGAAUUGUAUAUUGGAGUCAUGAACAAUGAGAUGUAUAUUUGCUGAUAGUGUAUAAUGGUUAUUUAUAUAAAACAAGGAAUAUAUUAAUUACUGUCUUCUAAAUUAAAAUAAAAGGUAAUAUUGUAUAUUAGUUGAAAUUAAAAUUAACUUUAUUACAUCA